CCAUGGCUGGCACAGGGGAGCGCCCGUUGGGAUGGGGCGGGGAGGGGGACGGGCGGGGGAGCGGGGACGACUUCGCGGAACCUUCCAGCGGCCGCAUUCCUGGGCGGUUGGGGGGGGGCGGCGCUGGCCCGGAGACGCGCCGGGAGGAGAGUCACACGGGGCCGAGGGCAAAGGCUGGCAACGAAUUUGCGCGGCGCGGAGGCGGCCUCUGCCCCCCGCCCGCUCUCCGCCGGCCGAGGAAGCCGCGCUCUCCCGGCCACCGCUGCCUGCCCGCCCCCCCCCCCCCGGCGCCUGAGGGCGGAGCCGGUUCGCCUCCGCCGCUGCCCCCUUCCAGGUCAAGCGCCGCCCGCAGCGCGUCCCCAAGUGCCUUCCCUCCUGCCCCGCGGGUUCCCCCUGGCGCCAGCGCCGGCCGGCCGGCCAGUCCGGGUCCGGAGCCUCGGCGGAGAUGGCUGGCGCUUCGCUCGGCCGCUGCUCUCUGCUCUUCCUGCUCCUGGCCGCCGCUGCCCGCUCGACGCUGGAGAAGAAGGCGGCUGAGCGGACCGAGGGCGCCGAGGAUCCGGCGUUUCUUUCGGAGUAUUUUUCCCAAAGCUCACAGUUGCUGUCCUUCUACAGUUGGUAUGGAAGUGCCAGAAUUUUCCGUUUCCGUGUCCCUGAGGACACAGUGCAGUUGCGGUGGCUCCUGCAGGCUUCCAGAGACAAAGGCCCUGGAUGUGGCAAGACUCAGGUUACUUUGUGACCACAUCCGCUUUGGUGCCCCUCCUGUCAUCAACCCUCUGGGCACACAGUUUCCUGUGAACACAAGCGUUCCUCCGUCCUUCAGCCAAACUCUGACCUUGGAUGCUGCCCUGCAGAAUAGCACUUUUGUCAACCUCACUAACCCGGCUGCUGGGGACUGGUUUCUUGCUGCCCACCUGCCACCAGCAUCAAGCAAGAUUGAGAUGAAGGGCUUCUCCAGGUCUUGCAGCUACAUCUUCCAGCCUGACCUGUUUGUGCUGCGCCAAGUGGACAUUGUAGUCCUUGAGCCUGAUGUCCCUGUGCAACAGGUUCUGUCCAAGGGGGCUAUUAGGCCACUUCACGCCAAGAUCUUUGUUCCCGAGUACACUGCUGGGAUGCGCUUUGAGCUGGGGAAAUGCACGGAGAAUGGCUCUGCUGCAGCCUGUCCCCUCCGAGUCACCUUGGGUUUGGCUGUGCUCUCUUGGUCUUCCCAGAAGGUGCUUCACUGCCUGGAGGCUUGCAGCAUCUUCUUGGCUUCCCCACCAUGGGGAAGGUGGGUUUGGAUCACAGUGGAGACCCUUGGUGGUACCAAUGCCAGCGUGUCCUUUGAGAUGGCGGUGUUCUUCAUAGCAUGCAAGCCAGGAGACGCAGCUUCCUUUCUUGGCUUCUAUCAGAGCUUGAAGCAGGACCAGGGGCUGCCGAUGCCUGGAGACCACCUCAACAGCACGUUGCUUGCCAUGGGCAGCAGCCACAAUGCCUCUGGCCCAGGAAACACCUGCCUGCGUGGCCAGCCGGUUGUCCGCGAGGAGCUGGAUGUUGCGUCUGUGCGUUUCCGCAUUCUUGGAGAUUCCACUGUGCCUGUCCAGAGCAAUAUUCCCACUCUGCUACUCCUUAACCUAAACUCAGGCAUGGACAGUGGAGGGAACCUGGUGCUGAACCUGAUGCUGAACCAGACUUCUGGAAAUGCCACUGUGUUGGCCUGCUUGAGCCCUACAUCCCCUGCACUUUUCCUGAAUGGCUCCGGUGGCUGCUGGACAGCCUUUGCUCAGGGUUACCUCCUGAAUGUGAGCACGUCCUCCAGGGAAGCUGCAGUCAUUGUUCCUUACCCACAAACAGGCAGCUGGUAUCUGUCUCUGAAACUGCUCUGCCCAAAGGAAUCAGAAGACUGUGAUCAAGCUCAAGGCCAGGUAGCCAUGCUUGCCUACCUCACCCCCUGCUAUGACGAUUGUGGGACCUACGGACAGUGCAGCCUCAUGAGGCGCCAUGGUUACCUCUACACCGGCUGCAUCUGUAAGGCUGGCUGGGCUGGCUGGAGCUGCACAGAUGGAACCAAAGCCCAGUCUGUAGGCACCCAGAUCCUGGCCACCCUCUUGCUCACCCUCAGCAACCUGUUCUUCCUGCCUGCAAUCAUUGUGGCCCUUUACCAUUAUCACCUGGUUGAGGCCUCCGUCUAUACCUUCACCAUGUUCUUUUCCACAUUCUACCAUGCCUGUGACCAGCCUGGCAUUGCCGUAAUGUGCAUUAUGGACUACGACACAUUGCAGUUCUGUGACUUUCUGGGCUCUGUUGUCUCUAUCUGGGUGACCAUUCUGUGCAUGGCACAAGUCAAGAAGAUCCUGAAAUAUGUCCUCUGCAUGCUGGGGACUCUGGUCAUUGCAAUGUCGCUACAGCUGGACCGCAGGGGUGUGUGGAAUAUGAUGGCCCCCUGUGUUUUUGCCCUCACUGUCAUGGCCAGCAUUUGGGUCUAUCGUGGGAUCUCCCAGCGCCACUGCUAUCCUCCCUCUUGGAAGCGCUGGGUCUUUUUCCUUUUCCCUGGGACCAGCUUGGCACUUGUGGCCAUAGCAGUGUACACCUUCAUGGAAACCACUGAAAAUUACUAUUAUACUCACAGCAUCUGGCACAUCCUGGUGGCAAUCAGCGUGGCCUUCCUCCUUCCUCCUGGAGAUAAGCAGAAGGACCCGUGGGCCUGGUCCCGUAAACUGCUGUGCCAUUACCAAAUCUGUAAGAAUGACCAGGAGGAACUCUACACAGUGAGGUGAUUGGAAAAGGAGGGGCUGAUGCAACCAGACUCCCUCCCAAUGGAUCCACUUAAUUUGGCAGGAAGAAUGUGGAAAAAAAAAACCCAUUCCUUCUGGUGUGCUGGAUGAAAAUGAAGGCAGCCAGGCAGUGCAAUAUCUGGCUGGAGAGGAGGCUGUCUGAUAGAACCCGGGCCUUUCUGAAUCUUGGGAAAUGUAGCUUCAUCUCAUGGCAGCCUUGGGAGUAAUGAGCAGAAAGUAAAUAGGUACUUCUGGAGCCCAGAUAAUGGCUGGGGAUUAAGGCAAUUCAGGGGGACUGAAGGCAGGAGCAUCCAUGGUGGAUGCAGGAUCACUAUCCAAGCCCCACCACUUCUGCCCUGCAUCCACCACCUUGUCUCCAGAGGUGAGAUCAUUGGCCCAUGAAAAUAGGUUAGGAAAGAGCUUUCUUCUCAGAAGAGUGCCACACAUCCUGGACUGGCAUGUUUGAACUCAGGUAUGAAUAGCACUUUAUUGGUACACGAAGAUUCCUGCAGGGUAAAUUCUUUUUUCAAAUAUAGAUUCCCUUCCUGGGUGGGGGGAGGGCAGCAAACGUAGGAAUCCUUGGCCAGGAUGGCCCAGGAUUGGGUCAGAUUUUCUCUGUAUAGCAACGGAACCUGUUCCUGAAGGCAGAAGAAUCAGGUCUCUGAACAGGACAUAGAGUAGCUGGUGCUGCCUGUCAGACAUCCCUCCCCCCCCCGCGCUGUUUUUGUAGCCUCUAGGGAGCCCGGAGGUCAUUCGCCUGUCCUUGUGUUAACCUGCAUUUAAAAGAGCCUUGAUCCAGGGUCGAUGUGGAAUCACUGCAGUGGAUAAAGAAAACUCAACUUAAUUUUAAAAUAAAAAUGCAAACACGGAUAUAUCAUCGUCUCAGGAAAAGCUCUAGCAACUGCUAGUCGCAAUAUCCUAUUAUUUACAUUCCAUCGAACCAUCUGUGGAACUUGAAAGCUUUUUUAAAAGGAACAGCUUCCUUUAACUUUCACGUCUUUAAUUAAAGUAUUUUCAGUUCAAUUAAAAAUAGUGCUUGCAUUGGU